AGAUCACAAUGGGUCUCCUUAAUUUGUCGAUUGAGCUGCUGAUGACAGUCCUGGAGCACACGGUUCAGCUUGUCGGCUUGACAAAUGCAGUCAGACUAAGGCUUGUUUGCAAAACCUUUGACCGUGAAAUCCCGGUCGCCAUGUGUAACACACGGUUACUCGAGAGUGGGCACCCGCGCACAGUAUUGUUCCCAAGCAAUUCUUGGCUUGUCCAGGAACACAUAUUCAGAGAGACUUGGGGCAAGCGCCAGAGAAACAACAACCUCCCAGCAGCUCUUUUCCUGGCCGCCGAGACGCUCACCCCGAAGGCUUGCAAAAAUCCCAAAAGCGAACAAGAGCAGCUUAUCCGCAAAUUAUGCAGAGCUGCUGUUUUGAAUCUCCAUACGUUGGAAGUUCUCUCAUAUCUCAAGCCCGGAGCCGAACAAAAAGAGGCAAAGCUCAGGCACCACAGUAGUAACAAUCAUGUUGCUUCAGCCGCUGCUUAUCUUGGAGAUUUCAAUUACUUCAAGGAUCUUAUUGGUCAAAACCAGGAGAUUGACUCUGCAGAGAGUAAUUACUUCGGUAAUCCACUGCGGUGUGCUAUUUUGCAGGGGCAUUUUGAUCUCGUUAAGUUCAUGCUUGAUCACAAUGUCGACGUCAAUUAUCCUGCACUAGGAAAAGGGCUUGGCUCAACUGCCUUAUGUGUUGCAGCUUCUACAGGACGGCAAGACUGUGUCGAAUUACUUUUGGAUCCUAAGUAUAAUUGCGAUACAUCUACCCUGAUCCUCAAGUAUGCAAUACUUGGCGCAGCAUCUGCAGGCCAUCUGGAGAUUGUUAAAAUUCUCUUGAGGCGAUCUGACGAAGACCCAAAGCCUGUAUCUCUGAACAGGAUUCUGUGGGAAGGAUGCCGAUGUGGUCAAGAAAAUAUCGUCCAAUUUGCAUUGCAACUUGGAGCAGACCCUAACAAGAAAGAAGAGGCAUGCGGAGGAUUGCCUUUGAAGGCUGCUUUGCGUCGAAACCGUGCCGAUGUGACCAAAACACUUCUCAAAAACGGCGCAGUUCUGCAAGAUUUUGAUAUUUUGUAUGCAAAUAGGCCCGGGUUAUCCGACAACACUGUCCGUGUGCUUUACGAAUUUGCGGAGCCUGAGCAUCUAAUUCGAGAGGUGAAGUAUCUUGAGCGCAGUGCGCAACAAGAAGUAGAAAAUGAAGAAUAUUGGAGGAGAAGUGUAAAAUUACUUGAAUAUCAUCGAAGAAUUGUCCAGGAAAGCGGUGGCAAGCUGAAGUGGUACUUUUCUUUUAAGAACACGAAUGUCGCUGAAAUAGAAGGCGUCACCGCGGGCAGUGUAUAGCCACGGAGACUAGCUCCCAGUCGUUGAGUCGAAUGAUUAAAGUUCCAUAUUUCCUCCUAUCUCUUUCUUUUCCUACUGGUUCAUUGCUUG